UGCUUUUGUUAGAUUUUUAUGAGUUCCUUAAGGAUUAAGCACAGGAGUCCUGACUCCCAGUGUUUGGAAACCACUUCAUCCUCAGUUUUCAACCCACAGGAUAGAGCCCUGUGCUAUUUCUGCCCCCUGAUUUGGGAAGAUAGUCAUUUUUCUGCCCAUCUUCUGGCUCCUCCCUCUUGGCAUUUGGCAGAUCCAGGCAGCUAUUCAAGGAACUGGAAGCCAAGCACAACAGGUGCUUCAGAGGUCAUCAUGAUCAGCCCAGACCCCAGGCCCUCCCCUGCCUUGGCCCGGUGGGCUGAGAGCUAUGAGGCCAAGUGUGAGCGCCGGCAGGAGACCCGUGAAAGUCGCCGCUGUCGCCCCAACGUGACUACUUGCCGCCAGGUGGGGAAGGCACUAAGGACCCAGCACAGAGAGCAGCUCCAGAGAGCUCGACAACUGCAGUUCUUCAGGAGGAGGAACCUGGAAGUGGAAGAGAAAGGCCAGGCUCAGCGUCCCUGGGCCAGGGAGCAAGUUCCGUCCAGCAAGAAAGGCCAGGCAGCUGUCCUCAGGGAGGCCUUGUCUGCUAACGGGAUCUCUUUUCCAGGACAGCAGGUGCCAGGGACCAACACCAAUGUCUUUCCAACCCCACAUCACCCUCUCUCAAGUGUCCAGAGGGUUGGGGCUGACCACCACUCCUCACAGGCAAGGGCCUUUCUACCACAAGACUCUCCCAUCAAGAAACCUCACAAACACCAUCGUGGUACUCAGACAAAGACAGAAGAGGCACAGCCAACAAUUAAGAAUGACGCCAGUCAGCAGACCAGUUAUGGAGUCGCAGUUCUGGAUAAGGAAAUCAUCCAACUUUCUGAGUACCUCAAAGAGGCCCUACAAAGGGAAUUGGUCCUAAAGCAGAAAAUGGUGAUUCUCCAAGACCUGCUAUCUACCCUGAUUCGGGCCUCUGACAGCUCUUGGAAGGGACAGCUUAAUGAGGACAAACUGAAGGGCAAACUAAGGUCCUUGGAAAACCAACUCUAUACCUGUACCCAGAAAUACUCCCCUUGGGGAAUGAAAAAGGUGCUAAUGGAGAUGGAAGACCAGAAAAACAGUUAUGAGCAGAAGGCCAAAGAAUCACUACAAAAAGUGCUGGAAGAGAAAAUGAGUGCAGAGCAGCAACUGCAGAGCACACAGCGGUCCCUGGCUCUGGCAGAACAGAAAUGUGAAGAGUGGAGGAACCAAUAUGAGUCUCUAAAAGAGGACUGGAGGGCCCUCGGGACCCAACACAGAGAGCUGGAGAGCCAACUUCAUGUGCUUCAGUCUAAACUACAGGGAGCAGAUAAUAGAGACUCACAGAUGAACCAAGCCCUGAGACUUCUGGAGAAUGAGCACCAGGAACUGCAGGCCAAGAUUGAACUCCUGCAAGGGGACAGAGAUCUGUGCAACUCAGAUACCCAGGACCUUCAAGAUAAACUAAAGAGGUCAGAGGAAGAAAAAAUUGUCCUGAUGACCAGAAUACAGCAGUUGCAGAGUCUGCUUCAGGAUCAAUCCUUACAGCUUCAAGAACAGGAGAAACUCUUAAAGAAAGAUGAGGCUUUGCCUGUGUGUAGUGCAAAGCCCUCCCACAAUGAAGUGGAGCCUGAGAGUGCAGGGAAGGAGAAAGACUGGGAUCUCAGAGACCAGCUGCAGAAGACGACUUUGCAAUUCCAGGCCAAGGAAAAAGAGUGCAGAGAACUGCAUUCGGAGUUAGACAACCUCAGUGACGAGUACCUCUCCUGCAUGCGUAAGCUGCAGCACUGUCGAGAAGAGCUGAACCACAGCCAGCAGCCACCUCCCAGAAAGCAAUGUGGUCAGUGGCUCCCCAUCCUGACGGUGGUGAUUGCUAUAGCACUGGCAGUAUUCCUGGCCAACAAAGAUAACCUGAGAAUCUGAAUAACUUGUGACAGCUGCCUGGAGUAAAAAUCAGCAGCAAACAACUCAAUGAAAAACACAGAAGGUUUGGGUACUUUACAGCUUGGGUUUACCCUCCAACUGAAUUGGGAUUUCUGACUUCAAUUUUUUUAGCCUAAAUAAAUAAACUUUACCUCACCAGA